AUGAAGAGGAUUUCUUACCAGGUAGGAAGCGGAAAGGUCGCCAUAUCCCAAGGAGACAUCACCAAGUUCAAAGGCGACGCCAUCGUCAACGCAGCCAACGAGCGCUGUCUAGGAGGAGGAGGGGUAGACGGAGCGAUCCAUCGAGCAGCAGGGGAGGAGCUGUACCAGGCCUGCCUGAAGCUCGAAGAGGUGGAGGAGGGGGUGCGAUGCCCGACCGGUCAAGCCGUCAUAACUCCGGGGUUCAAGCUCGACGCUAAGAACGUCAUCCAUACCUCCGCCUACCGCUCAAGCUUGCAGCUCGCCAACGAGCAUAACCUCAAGAGCAUCGCCUUCCCGGCUAUCAGCUGUGGGGUCUUCGCCUACCCUGUGAAAGAAGCAGGAACGCUCUCUCACUUGCAACUUGUCGCUGGUUGA